AUGUCAAUAGCAUCACCUCGACCGUCCAUAUCCUCUCGGCGCACAUCCGUCGACACCAUCUCGUCACCCACUUCCAAAUCCGCAUCUCAAGCCGCCGAACGAGGCUCCCUCCGCCGCAACAGGACCGCUUUACGAGACUACUACAACCUCAAAGCCGCCCAGCAGUCUUCCGAUCAAGAGCCCACCACUCCAACACUAGAUCCCGACCAGGAAUCCGAACUCGAUAAGCCCGGCUUUGAACCAGAGCAAUACGUCCGCAACCUCCUCUCCUCGGAAGACUUAUAUGGAGUGCUGAAAAUCGAAGCCGGACUUGUGUCUGAUAUCAGGAACCUCGAUGGCGAGAAAAAGGCCUUGGUAUACGACAACUAUUCGAAAUUGAUUACGGCUACGAAUACUAUUAGAUUUCUGAGAGAGAAAAUGGACCCCAUGAUGCCUGGGACGACUACGCUGAUUCCGGCGAUUGGACAUAUCGCGGAGACUGCGGCGGGGUUAAAGAAGGAUAUGCAGGAUGCGCAUGGUACCGAUGGACAUGCGGCCAACGCCGGCGAAGAGAAGAGGAAACAGCAACAGACUGUGAGGUGGGUGCUGCAAAGUCCCGAGAGGAUCUCAGAGAUGAUGAGUGAUGGGAGGGAUGACGAAGCAAAAGCUGAAUGGGAGAAGGUGGAGAAGUUGCUGCAAAAGUGGCAUGGUGUGAAAGGGGUGGAUAACGUGCGAAAGGCUUGCCUGGCCGCACUGGAUAAUGCAGAAGGGGAUUGAAGACCGGACAGUCCUUUCAUGAACAGGUCCAUCCUUUCGAUCGCGCUAGCCAAUGACGCUCCAUUGUCAGUAAAAGCCGCUAUUGUGGACUCUCAAAAUCCGGCACCAGCGGCUUCGCCAUGUCUAGCAACGUCUACCUCAUGGGCAAGACUCGGAGCAGUUAUCUCCGCUCCGAAUCCGCUUGCAAGACAGCAAGGAAACUUGCUGGGGCCCCUGAGAUGAUUGAGUAUCGAUCCUCAUGAGCACGAGAGGUCGUCAGAGGCACAAUUGACUCCGGCCACGAUGCAAAGACGAUGACGGUUUGUAGCUAGCCUGCAGCACCAAUGUGAUGUGAAUAUCGAGCAAACCAAGCAGUGACAGAUGCAAUAUUGCAUGACUGCACUAUCGGGCUGUUCUAUCGUCGUACUCUGGACUUUCUGCUGCUGAUGGUCGAAUGGCUCUCACACGAUCGCGCUCGCGUCACAACAGAGUCCUGUGGUCAGCUGAACAUGUGAAGCACAUCAUGAUUCCAGCGCUCAGCCCGAAGCUCCUGGUGUAGGCACAACGACGGGUACUUCGGCGAUUUGUAUUGCACCGACCUUAGGUAUGCGUUCACUUCCCCCAAGUUACUUGUAGGCACUGUUGUGAGUGGAAUGGGGAUGGCUGCGUCACAUCGGCCACAACACGUGGAGGAGCACGAUUGUGUAGAGUAGAGGUACAUGAACAUAGUGUGAUAUAUAUACCAAU